AUGGGGCAGCAGGGGGCGCUGUUCUUCCUGCUGCUGCUGCUGCUAGGGGUCUCCCACUGGGCACAAGGCUCUCUGGUGAGGGUCAACAGAGGCCUGAGAGUGAAGAGGGGCCAGUCGGCUUACCUGCAGGAGGAAGACCUGCAGUUUGACAUCCCGAAGGAGAAGGACGCCUGCAAGGUGGAAGUGGUCCUCAACGAGCCCAUCACACAGCGGGUGGGGACGCUGACGCCCCAGGUGUUUGACUGCCACUUCUUGACUGAUGAGGUAAAGUACAUCCACAAUGGCUGCCCAAUUUUAAAGGAGGACAGAGUCAUGCUUCGACUGUACAGAUUUACAGAGGCGGAAACUUACACAGAAGUCCUAUACCUCCGUGUGGAGAUUCUAGAUCCUGACUGCAACAUCAUCAAGCUGGGCCCCAAGUCCCUGGAGGUGCCUGAGUUCUAUGGCCUGUCUGACAUUCUGGAUGGGAAUGCAGUCUCCUUCAACUAUGAGCACAGACAGAACCUAGAGUGCACCAUCCGGGUGUCCACUCAGAACACGCAUCUCCCUGCCCACGGGCAGCUGGUCAUCGGGGAGCCCGAGAAACUGGAGCCCAGAGGGGACGAGCCCCACAGCUUUGUCCCCAUUCGCCAACAAUUAAUAAACGAGGCCAGAGCAAAGUGUAAAGACGAGGCUUGCUGGAAGGGAAUGAAACUGGUGCAGACCAUCAAAGUGUCCUGUGAUGAAUUUCUGGUAAUGGGCCUGAGGUACCAGCACAUCGACCCUCCCUCUCCUGACGUUGAUUACAUCGCCAUCAGGUUGGACCUCACUGAUACUCGGAGCAGGACCAUAUACCAGUCGGAGAGAGCCUGGAUUCCUGUAAGCAUCAAAAAUGCCUUCCUCAACCAGCCACCCAAGCCAGCCUUCAUGUCCAUGUUCAUCCUGGAGGUGGACCAGUUCAUCCUCACCCCCCUCACCACAGCCGCCCUGGAUGCGGAGGACAGUGAGACGCCCAAGUCCCUGCUGGUGUUCAACAUCAGCAAGCCCCCACAGGAGGGCUUCAUCACCCACCUGUCUGACCACACCAAACCCAUCACCUCCUUCACCUGGGGGGACCUGCAUGACAUGCUCAUCGCUUACCAGCCCCCAAACUCCAGCCACACCCAGCGCAGGAAUUAUGAGGUGGAAUUUGAAGCUUAUGAUUUCUUCUUUGAAAAGAGCCCCCCAAUCAUGGUCCAUGUGUCAGUCAGGACUGCAGACACCAACGCACCCAGGGUGUCAUGGAACAUGGGUCUCAGUCUCCUGGAAGGUCAGUCUCGUCCAAUCACCUGGGAGCAGCUGCAGAUUGUGGACAAUGACAACCUAAAUGCUGUGCGCAUGAUCACAGUGGACGGGCUGCAGCAUGGGAGACUCACCGUGAGAGGUGGGAAAGGCUUCAUGUUCAGCGUGAGCGACAUCAAGGCAGGUGUGGUGCGCUAUCACCAUGACGACAGCGACACUACCAAAGACUAUGUGGUCUUCAGGAUUACCGAUGGCCGCCACCAAACCCGGCACAAGUUCCCCAUCAACAUCUUGCCCAAAGAUGAUAGCCCGCCCUUCCUCAUCACGAACAUGGUGCUGGAGCUCUCUGAGGGGCAAACGGCACUUCUGAGGGGCUCCAUUCUGCAGGCCUCUGACAUGGACUCCAGCGAUGACUACAUCCUGUUCAACAUCACCCGCUUCCCCCAGGCAGGGGAGCUGAUGAAGAUACCAGGACCCGGACUUACAGGUUAUCCGGUCACUCGGUUCCUUCAGAGAGACCUCUUCCACUCAGUUAUAUUUUACCGCCACUUAGGGAACGAGGUGUUUGACGAUUCUUUUGAGGUUGUACUCUCUGACUUCCAUGACCCUCCAAACCUCUCUGAGCCUCAGGUUAUUGUGGUGCACAUUAUGCCUGUGCAUGAUCAAUUGCCGAAGGAGGCACUGGGGGUAACUCGCCACCUGGUUGUCAAGGAGACGGAGGUGAUCCACCUAACUAAGAAGCAACUUCACUUCAUCGACCCAGAGUCGCCUGACAGUGAGCUGACCUACACUGUCACCACACCCCCCUUCUACAGCUCUCAGUAUGGGAAGCAUGAUGCAGGGAAGUUAUUCCUGGUUGACAGCAUACCUAAAUUCACCAAGGACCCCAACACACCAGUACUAAGGCUCUUCACUCAGUAUGCCGUCAAUUACAUGAAGGUGGCCUACAUGCCUCCUAUGCUGGACAUUGGACCCUACCCCCAGAACAUCCAGCUUGUGCUGUCAGUCACCAAUCAGCAGGGCAGCACCGUCACUGGGAUCUGUUUCAACAUCACAGUGCUUCCUGUGGACAACCAGCCCCCAGAGGUCCACACCAACAAGCUGAGCGUGGAGGAGGGGGGAGAGUGCCAGGUGAGCUCAGAGCACCUGCUCCUGACAGACCAGGACUCCAUGGAGGAUGCCCUGAGGGUGGAGCUGAAGAGGGAGCCGCAACACGGCUACAUCGAGCUGGAUGGCUUCCCCAUGAAACCUGGGCAGACCUUCACUGUGCACGAUCUGAAAAGCCUAAAAGUUAGGUAUCACCAUGAUAGCUCUGAAACAGUGCAGGAUGACAUAGUCUUCAUCGCCAGUGACGGUUUCAAUGUAGCUGACUUUGUUCUGCAAGUGAAGGUAAUACUAGUCAACGAUGAGAUUCCGGUUCUGAUGCCAAGCCUGAAGCCAGUGCUGAGCUGUGCUGAAGGACAGGAAGUGAUCAUCACUGCAGAGUACAUCUACGCCACAGACAGCGACAGUGACGACAGCAGGCUGUCCUACAUGAUCGCUCGCCAGCCCUACCACGGAGUUGUGCGGAAAAAUGGAGUCGUGGUGGAUCGCUUUAUCCAGGCAGACAUAACUGCAGGGACUGUCACCUAUAAGCACACAGGAGGGGAAAUAGGACUGACCCCUCGUUACGAUGUUGUCACAUUCGUUAUCUCGGAUGGAGAGGCAGAGAUCCUCCCAGCAUGCUGCUAUGAUGAAGGACACUCAUCACCCAAGUCCAAAGCGAGGCUGCACCAGGCCUUUCCUGUGUACGACCUCAACAUCACCGUGCUCCCCAUUGACAGCCAGCCUCCCUCCAUCGUUGUUGGAGAGGUGUUUGUGGUGGAUGAAGGGGGAUCGGCCUCCAUAACGGUGGCCCACCUCAGGGCUUCUGAUUUGGACACCCCCCUGGAAGAGCUGGAGUUCAUCCUGGUCUCUCCUCCACAGUUUGGCUACAUUGAAAACAUCCUGCCCAGCCCUGGGUUUGAGAAAAGCAACAUGGGAAUUAGCAUAGCCUCCUUCGCUUACAAAGAUGUGAAGAACGGCCAUAUUAACUAUGUGCAGUCCAGACACCAAAGAACUGAGCCCACAGCGGACCAGUUCAUGCUCUAUGUGUCAGACGGCAAGAGGCGCUCGGUGGACACACCCUUCUACAUCAUCAUCAGUCCCAUCAAUGACGAAGUCCCAGAAUUCCUGGCCAGAAACAUCACUGUGCGUGAGGGAGAGAUGAAGGAGCUGGACCCUACCGUCCUCAACGCAGUGGACCUGGACAUUCCUCAAAAUGACCUGGUGUUCAGCGUCAUCCAGCAGCCUCAGCAUGGGAUGAUUAUGGGAAAGGUCUAUGGGAAUGACAUCACGCGCUACAAGAGGCUCGUCCACAGACGCCACAACUCAGAGGUGGCAGUGCAGGACUUCACCAUGGAGGAGCUGAAGAAUGGAAUGACGGUCAUGUACAUGCAUGACGACUCAGAGAGCACCCAGGAUGGCUUCACCAUUGAGUUGACCGACGGGAAGCACAGGCUCCAGAAGCAUGUUGCAGUCAAGGUGGUGCCUGUCAAUGAUGAGAAGCCCCGAGUGAUCAGGAACAAUGGGAUAGAGGUGGAGAUGGGAGAGUCCCGGCUGAUCUCCAGUGCCGUCCUCUCUGCUGAGGACAGUGACACAUCUGCCGAGCACAUCCUCUACAUAUUUGAUAGCGUUCCCAUGCAUGGGCUGCUGCAGAUUAAGGUAGGUUUGGACUGGCUGCCCCUCUCAGCGGGAAUGAACUGCUCCCAGGAGGCAGUGGAAAUGAACCUGCUCAGGUACCUGCACACUGGAUCAGCUGGCCCCCAGGGACAGGACUUCUUCAUCUUCUACCUGAUGGAUGGGAGGAACCGCUCCCCUGCUCAGCACUUCUACAUCUCUAUCAAGAACAUGGAGAAGGGUGACAUUGCUGUGUUUGUAAAGCCACUCAAGGCAAGUCGGGGUGAGCGUGUGGUGUUGACCACAGAUGUACUGCUAGCGGUGGACAAUUCUGACAAGCCUGAGGAGCUCACCUAUGUCAUCACUACACCUCCCCUCCACGGCCAGAUUGAAUACAUCAAACACCCUGGCCUGCCCAUCAGCACCUUCAGUCAGAUGGAUGUGGUUGCCAACUUGGUGUGCUACAUCCAUGACAACAGAGGAACCUUGCCCAGGGAGACACUACGGUUUGUUGUCAGCAAUGGCCAGUCUACCCGCAACGGUACUCUGGAGAUUACCGUGGAGAUGACAGACAGGGUGCUGCCCUCCCUGUCACGGAACUCUGGUCUGCAAGUGCUCCAGGGGUCCACAAUGGCGCUGUCUGCAGAGGCCCUUAGCCUCUUUGACCCCGACACCCCACCCACCAGCCUCUUCUACCUGCUGGCCCAGCCCCCGCAGUAUGGCCAGCUACUCCUCCAGGGGGUGCCCCUCACCAGGGGAAACUUUACCCAGCAGCACCUUCUGGACUUAGAGGUGGCCUAUAAGCAUGCGGGAGGCCCCUCCCAGAUCGACCGCUUUAGCUUCACAGCCUCUGAUGGCACCAACCAGGGCUUCCUGGUGGAUGGAAAAUUACAGACAGAGCCCAUCUUCUUCACCAUCCAGAUGGAGUCCCUGGACAGCUCCACCCCCAGGGUGGUGCAGCUGCAGGGCCUGUCUAAGGUGGAGCUGCUGAAGGACGGGCGAUACGGCAUCUUCCUCUCCUCCAGAGAGCUCCGGGCGCAGGACGCCGACACCAGCGACGAGGACAUCACCUUCCACAUCCUCCGCGCACCCUACUUCGGCUACCUGGAGAACGCCACCACAGGCCAGUUUGUUAAUCAGCGCUUCACCCAGAGGGACCUGAGCAGGAGACUCCUACUCUACAUCAUUGACCCAUCGAAGCAGGCCCUGUCUGAUAGCUUGCAGUUUAAGGUCUCGGACGCACUGGGCAACGUCGGGGCCUCCCACACGUUGGAGUUCUCCUGGUCCUAUGUGGAGUUGUCCCAGUCUGAGUACAGGGUGUGCGAGGACCUGGGCACCCUCUCUCUGACCAUUGUGAGAAAGGGAAAUAUGGCUGAGUCAUCCUACGUGACCAUCAAGGUGAAAGAUGGCACAGCUGCUGCUGGGAAAGAUUUCACACUCAGUCCUUCCAGCUUGAUCCAGUUUGAUCCUGGCGUUUCCAGCAGGAGCUGGCGGAUUGAGAUCGCCCAGGACAGGCUAGAGGAGGCAGAAGAGACAUUUGAGGUGACCCUCACCUCACCGGUUAGCACAGUGCUGGGCAGUGUUACCAAAGCACUGGUGACGAUUGUGGACUCCAGGAAAGGGCACUGCAGCAGCGGUGGGCCACUGGAGGGGCCUGGGCUGAGGGGAAAGCCGGUGCCCCAGGGGCCCCAUCCCCGCCACGGGGCCAUCCAGGUGGAGACCCUGCCCCUCCCCCAACAGGAUGGAGCAGGCUGGAAUCGGGGCGAUAGCAUAACCCCGUUUGAGGCCCCUCCCUCCAAGAAGAAGCUGAGGCCCAUCGACAAUGGAAUGACAGUCCGCCCGUCCUCUGUUCACCGAAAUGGAUCAGACAUGGUAUUCACGUACCAUGGGAUCAUGUCAAUGCGUGUGGAGGAUGACACCUCUCCUUCCAGGAAGGGGAGGAAAGCCAAGGUGCUUGUGACCAGCAGGGGGCAGCAGAGAAAUCCUGCCAUUUCUCCAGUGGAGAGCAUGCCCCUGCACCCAGACGCAAGAACAUCCCAGCCCAAUGUACAGGGUGCUGUGGGCCGUUCUUUUCCCAAAGCCUGCUCCCCUGAGCUGAUGGGACUCCUCCACUUCAAUCAGAGCUCUAGCCAGCUCCUCCGCUGCGACGGGAUUUCGUGGAAGCCCUGGGCACCAACUGAUGAGGUGGUCAGUGCUCAGAAGUGCCCGCCGGGCUGGACCUAUCACAGCGGCCACUGCUACCUCGUGAGCACGGAGCAGAGGGCCACUUGGAGUGCCGCCACCAGGGCGUGCAGAGAGAUUCACCAUGGAAACCUCGUCAGUGUUCUCUCAAAAUCGGACAUGGACUGGUUAUGGGACUUCAGUGGAAGGAAACCGUUCUGGAUUGGCCUGAAUGACCGGGAGAACAGGGGGCGCUGGGAGUGGAUUGGUGGAGAGCCAGUCAGCUACACCAACUGGAGAAAGAGCCCACCGCGAGUGAAGAGGAAGGGGGCGAAGAGCUGUGUGCUGGUGCGGAGGAGGGCCAAGUGGCAAAUCCAGGACUGCAAGAAGGGAAAGCAACAUCGCUAUGUCUGUUACAUCAAAUUAUGAGCAUCACAGAGCCUUUACAAACACGUCAGUCAUAUCAGCCAAGUAUAUCUCGUUGAGAAAUGCAAUGCAAUGGUGAGCCUAAAAUGCUGUGUAAACCUGAGUGGGCAUUAGCCUGCAUUUGAAUUUACCCAGAAGCAAGUCUUACACAGCAUUCAUUAUGUUAUAGUACAUCACUGAUAUGGAAACAAGUGAUGCAAAGCCUUUCUUUGGGUCAAGCAAGAAGCAAGAAAGUAAAUCAGUUUGACUCUGUAUAUGAGCCUAGAAAUCAGUGGAAACUAAAAACCUGACUUUGUAGCCAUCUGACAAACUUUCUGUUGUCACUGCUCACAACUCUAAAGUGAGUUAUUCUAUUUAUAUUUUAUUUGUAAUGUAUACACCAUCUUAAUGUGUAAAUUCUUUUCAAAAGUAUUUAUUUUUAUCAGUGGUUUGUUAGUGGGGGGUCACAAAAAGUGUCUACACACCAUGGGGUUUUAAGCACUGCAGACUUAGUUGGAGACAUCUAUAGAGUACUAGCAACCAUACAGAAAAAAAAUUGUUCCAACAUACCACAAGGAGACACAGAGCAGUAUAACUUUGCUGUGGCCAUUACAGAUUUUUGUUUAAAACAGGUACUUGUAUACAUUUUAUUGUAUGUUCUCCCCUUAUUUCAACCUCAGCGGUAAGUCAUUCAGAUGAAGUCCUGGCUAAGUGGAAGAUACAGCACAGCAGAGGAGCAGAGAACAAUCCUUUAGGAAACUCAGGCCGAGCUACAACUGUGAAAGUCCUGGUGCCAAAUGAAAAACAUGAGAGCUUCUCCACCUCUGAAGGUGGGAAAACCUCACCAGUAAAUAUGUGCAUCAUGCACACAAGCUUCAUACUGUAUUUUUUAUGGCCUAUACCUCACACUGUAUUAUCAAAUUAAUGUAUUAUAGACAACACUGUAUCCAAUGAAUGUAUGAUUCAAUAAUGUGU